ACGACGUGGGUCGCAUGCUGACGCGCCGCUUCUUCUUCCAUGCGGCCAAGCAGACCCGCUUGCGCCUGCGCCAGAAUGGGCUUCGCGGCCUCGCGACGGCGCCCGUGCCCCCGACGCCGGCGAGCACCGACGUCAUCCGCAAGCUGCUCUCGAUUGUCUCGUCGGACGCCGACUUGGCCGAGUACAAGGCGACGUAUGGCACGCCGGGCGUGCGCCGAACGACCGUCAUCAAGAUUGGCGGCGAAGUGCUUGAGAACGAGAUGGACACGCUGGUCGAGUCGCUCACGUUUCUCAAAGAGGCCGGGCUCUUCCCGAUCCUUGUGCAUGGCGCGGGCCCGCAGAUGAACGACGAGCUCGAAAAGGCCGGCGUCGAGCCGCGCUACGUCCAAGGCAACCGGUACACGGACAAGACGACGCUUGGUAUCGCGAAGAAGGUCUUUCUCGCCGCGAACCGCAAGCUCGUGGACGCGCUUGCGGCCGCCGGCGUGCCCGCGCGGCCCAUCACGAGCGGCGUCUUUGAGGCCGCGGUGCGGGACCUCGACGUCUUUGGCUAUGUGGGCGAGGUGGACACGAUCCACAGCGACGCCGUGCGGUCGGCGCUCGACGCGGGCCAGAUCCCCGUGCUUUCCUGCCUCGGCGAGUCCAAAACCGGGCAGCUGCUCAACAUCAACGCCGACGUCGCAGCGCGCGAGCUCGCGAUCACGCUGCAGCCGCACAAGACGAUCUUCAUCAACGCCAAGGGUGGCUGGCUCGAAGACGGCGUCAAACUACCCAAACUGGACAUGAGCAAGGACUAUGCGACCAUGGCGGCGCGCGACUACACGGGGCGCCAAGGCACCUUGCUCAAGCUCAACGAGAUCAACACGCUGCUGCAGGCGCUGCCGUCCACGUCGUCGGUCGUGCUCACGUCCGCAUCCGCGCUCGCCAGCGAAAUCGUGUCGGGGCACUCGGCCGGCACGGUCUGCAUCCGCGGCGGCGAUAAUGUCGACGCGCCGCUGCACUUUUGUAGCGGAAAGAAGAAGGUGGGGCUCAUGGGCGCGCGCGGCUACGUUGGCCGCGAGCUCAUUCGCGUCCUCGGCGGCCACCCGGAAUUGGACUUGGUCGUCGCGAGCUCGCGGGCGCUCGUGGGCCAAAAGGUCCUCGACCUGGCGACCGCGCCGCCCCUCAACCCGCACACGAACCGCCCGGCGACCGGUGUCUACCACACGCCGCUGCGGCUCAACCCCGAGCUCGCGUUCUCUUCGCUCGACGAGAAGGACUUGGCGACGGCGCCCAUCGCUCGGGACGUCGACGUGUGGGUCCUUGCACUGCCCAAUGGCAUGUGCCAGCAGUACGCGACCGCCCUCGACGCGCUGCACGAGCCAAACCAAGUGGUGAUCGACCUCAGCGCCGACCAGCGCUUCAACAAGCAGUGGGUCUACGGCUUGCCCGAGACGCCAGGCACACGCGACAAGCUCCGUGGCGCGACGCGCAUCUCCAACCCGGGCUGCUACGCCACCGGCGCGCAGCUCGGCGUGCUCCCGCUACUGCCGUACCUCGAUACGUCCGUGCCGCCGCAUAUCUUUGGCGUCUCCGGCUACAGCGGGGCGGGCACCGGUCUCUCGCCCAACAACAACGAGGCGGUGUUGCACGACAACUUGAUUGCGUACAAAAGCGUGGAGCACAUUCACGAGAAGGAAGUGAGCCACCAGCUCGGGACGCGCGUCGCGUUCAUGCCCCACGUCGCACCGUGGUUCCAGGGCAUCCAUCUCACGCUGUCGCUGCAAUUGGCCCACGAUAGUACCAUGUCGGAAGAGAACGUGGCGGCGCUGUACCAGUCCUUUUAUGCCACCGAGCCGCUCGUGCAGGUGCUGCCGCAGGGCGUGCCGCAGGUCAAGGCGAACGCGUGUAAGCACCACGCGACGAUCGGAGGCUUUAGCGUCGACCGAGCCAACAAGCGCGUCGCCCUUGUUGUGACCAUCGACAACCUCCUUAAGGGCGCUGCGAGCCAAGCGAUGCAGAAUAUCAACUUGGCGCUGGGCAUGGACGAGCGCCUCGGACUGCAUUAACGGCUUCUCGCGUACUAAGGACAAUGGAGAAGGCAUGUGUGACGA